AUGCAGUCUGUUGUUGAAACAGAGGAAUUGUUUCAUUAUUUCCUUCAGUUCUCUUUAACGGAAUGCAUUUUAUCCACGCUAAAAGGCUCACCCGACAUGACGAGAAACUUAUUUGGACAGGGAGGCUUACGCUUUUAUCAAGUCACUUUUUGCACUCAACUCUUACCACCGCCCAUUUCACCUCACAAAUUCGCUUCACGCCUACAACUACAACAAUAUCAUCAAUUACUAUUAUUAAUUAUUAAUAUAAUUGCUUUAUCAGUAAAGGGACAAUACAGACGUCAUGAAUUGAUAACAGUGGAAACAAGUUUGUUCGUAUUGCCUAAAAUAAUAAUUGCAUUUAAAAUGUGCUUGGAUUAA